AUGUCCAAUCAAGUUACAACAGCGGUUCGCCAAGUCUUCCGAGAACUUCAUGGCGUGGUCGUGAGUGCUGGGCUCAUGCAGAAAACAGUAAAAGUGCGCGUGGGUGGUCAACAAUGGAACCAGAAGGUUCAGAAGAUGUUUACGAAACCUAAGAACUACCUCGUUCAUGACCCAAACUCUUCCCUGAGGACAGGUGAUGUAGUCUCGAUUGUUCCUGGAUGGAGAACCUCCCGCCACAAACGUCAUGUUGUUAAAGGCAUCAUUGCGCCGCAUGCCACGCCUAUCGAAGAACGCCCGCCAAUUCCAACCGAGGAGGAACGACUUGCAGCCCGCAUGCAAAAGAGAGAUGCAAAAGAUACAAGGCGGGCGGCGAGGAGGCAAGAGGAUGGCUUGGAUAGAGCAAAGAAGGCGCCCGGGGCAGAGGAUGAAUAA